CUGUCUCUCAAUCAGUUAAGUUCAUCAAAAUCUAAUCAAUUGCAAAGAUGAAUCUAAAGUUUGUUGUUCUUUGCGUAUGCCUGGCAGUCGUAUCAGCUGUUAAUAUACCAGCUGUAGACGAUCUCCGCGAGGCGUUUGAAACUGAAGACUCUCUCUAUAUUCCUAUCUCCGACGUAGAAGCCGAACAACUAAGACUGCCAAGAAGCUCCCACAUACCCCGGAAGAGGCUACCCCAGCUUGAGGAAGAUACAGCAAGCGAUGAUUGGGAAACCGAGCAGCUGAGGCUACCAAGAAGUAUUCCAAACAUUGAAUAUCAUCACCAGCAUCAUCAUAAACAUAAGCGGCCACACCGUAGUCUAGAUGAAGCUUUUGAAACUGAAGAUGCCUAUUACAUCCCAAUGUCAGAUGAAGAGGUUGAUUCACUUCGACUUCCAAGGAGUUUGGAUGAACUACAAAAAACAAUUGAAUCGGAAGGUCUCAUCGACAAUGUAGAAUCCGGUCGUGCCAAACGACAGAUCUUUGCACAAGGUGGAGGAAGUCCAGGAAAAGGAUAUGACAUCUAUGCCCAAGGACGAGCAAAAUUAUGGGAGAGUCAAAACCAACGAAAUAGCCUUCAUGGAACAGCUUCUUAUAGUCAACAUUUAGGUGGCCCAUAUGGUAACAGUCGGCCAAAUGUAGGCGGUGGAUUAACUUUCACACAUCGUUUUUGAAUAACUAAAAGUAGCUAUAUUUUAACUUUUUAUUUUAAUUUCUUUAAUUUAUUAGUAUUCAAUAAAUAAUUCGAUAUGUUUAUAAAUUC